GUCGUAUGCACUUCCGGGGUAGAGUUCAGAAAAUAUUGAUGGCGACCACAUGCUUGUCGGUGCAGUGGCGUUGCAGUGGCGAAUUAAACUAGAGUAAUAUACCCGCAGCCCCACAAAACCCGGCAGAAUGAAGGACACACCUCUGUCCAACGUUGAGCGGGACUUCUUGCUCAAAGCCAUCGAGGAGAAAAAGCGCCUGGAUGGACGGCAGACCUAUGACUACAGGAAGAUAAAGAUCACGUUUGGCACGGACUAUGGAUGCUGCUUUGUGGAUCUGGGGAAAACCAGGGUCAUGGCUCAGGUGUCCUGUGAGCUGGUGGCUCCGAAAGAGAAUCGACCAAACGAGGGAAUCAUGUUCUUCAACAUCGAGCUGUCACCCAUGGCCUCACCUGCAUUCGAGCAGGGCAGACAGUCAGAGUUAUCAGUGAAGCUAAACAGACAGCUGGAGAGGUGCUUGAGGAACUCCAAGUGCAUUGAUACAGAGUCCCUCUGUGUGGUGUCUGGAGAAAAGGUGUGGCAGAUCAGAGUGGAUGUCCACGUGUUGAAUCAUGAUGGGAACCUGAUGGAUGCUGCCAGCAUUGCCGCCAUCACCGCUCUGUGCCACUUCAGACGCCCUGAUGUCGGCAUCCAGGGAGACGAAGUCACAGUGUACAGUCCAGAGGAGAGAGACCCUAUUCCUCUGAGUAUCUACCACAUGCCCAUCAGUGUCAGCUUCUCCUUCUUCCAGCAAGGAACGUAUUUGCUGGUGGACCCCUGUGAGCGGGAGGAGCGGGUGAUGGACGGCCUGCUGAUGAUCGCCAUGAACAAACACAGAGAAAUCUGCUCCAUCCAGUCCAGCGGGGGCAUCAUGCUGCUUAAGGACCAGGUUAUGAGAUGCAGUAAAAUCGCCAGUGUCAAAGUGUCUGAAAUCACAGAACUCAUCGGCAAAGCCCUGGAAAACGACAAGAAAGCCAGGAAGGCAGGCAGCAGGUGUGGUUUUGCAGAGUCUAUUCCUCAGGAGCGAAUCACAGCUCUGAAAAUGGACGAGACUCCAGUGGAGAUGAUGGAUGUGACAGAGAGAGCCAAUGACAUUGUCCAGAAAGCCGAGGCCCCGCCUCAGACGGUACCAUCCCCAGUGGUGCCCGUCCCAGGUGUGGGGCAGGUGGGGCAGGGGCUGCAGAACACCUGGGGCCUGGAGGAGGAUGAUGAUGAAGAAGAGGAGGAGGAGGAGGAAAAUGACAACAGUGGUGAAGAACAGGAGGCAGAAGUAACAAAGAUGGAAGGGGGAAAGUAUGAAAAGAAAGAGAGCAGAGGAGACGUGGUUGAAAUAUCUGACAGUGAAGAGGAGGAAGUGGUCAUUCUUCAUCCAGAGACACCAGACAAUGCUCCUAAAUAUACAGGAUCCAGUUCACACCAGAAGGGGGCAGCAACAACCAAGAAAAGACAGAAAAAAUGAAUAAAGCAGCCAUCUGUGGUCACUGCAGCCAGAGAUCUGUUUAAGCACAGCAGCUCUCCCCAUAAUAAAGACUGUCCGGGUUUAAAGAGAUUCCUGUAUCUGCUAUAGCAGAGAAUUGGAAUCGAAUAAAGAUCACAGUACAGAAGCACUUCAAAGUGCUGGAUUCUUAACAUGAGAACUGGAAGUUUACUUCUGUUGGCAGCCGUGUGAUCGUUUCAAAAGCAUUUUUCACUUACAAAUGUAGAGAAUAUAAUUUGUCACAUUAUGUAUUUUUACAAUGAAAGGAUGUGAAAGGUAUGAUUAAAGAACAAUAUUCUCAACCCCUGUUCAGUGUUUAGCAGACUAGCAUUUCAGUUACGUUUGCAAAGUGCUAUAUUAUGUAAGAACCAUGGUCUGUGGUGCUGAUUGUGAAUCAAUAUAAAAAGGGUAAAAAAGAAA